AUGGCAGACUUUAAUCAAACGCCAUUGAGUUGUUCGGCAGCCAUGAAGUAUUUCACAAUUUGUUUCCUGAUGUGCUGCCUAAGUGCCGGAAUACUGAGUGCCCCCCAGUGGCCAGGAUCAGGAUUUGGCUAUGGAUUCUCUCCUUACGGCGGAUACGGUGGAUAUGGCGGAUACGGAGGAAGCUAUGCCUCAGCUAGUGCAGCGGCCAGCAGCAGUGCUGGUGGAUAUCAAGGAUUUGGCUAUCCAGGAUACGGAGGCUUUGGAGGAUACGGUGGAGGAUAUGGUGGCUACCGGCAGCAGUAUAAUCAGUUUAGCAACUACAACAACUUUGGAUCCUCCGGCUAUGGGGGCUAUCCAUUUGGCCGAUGAUUCGGUGUGAGGGCCAAAACGUUUUCUAUUUGUUUGGGGCAACUGCUAGAAAUUUCUGUCGGUGUCCGUAUUUUGUUUGAUUUCUUUAUUUGGCUUUUAAUACGCUGGAGGUCAAUAAAACGUA